GACGCCUCAAUUAAGUUGUUACUUUAAAACCCUAUCAGCAGCCACCAGAUUCUCUUCUAAUUCCAUCAGCAGCAGCGCCUCCAGAGCCAACUCUUUUAAUUAUUAACCGAGUGCGGAUUGUGGGGUGGACCUGGAGGAUAUGGCGAUAUCAGAUGCGGUGAUUGGGAAUUUGAUGACGAUCUACCUGGCAGUCAUAGCGGGGAUAAAGGCAUAUGGUUUGGUGAGUGGGCGGAGCUUUGGUGGUGGGUUCGUGCUGAUGCUGUCGACCACGGUGGUGGGUUUCAUCUUGGUCGGCACGCUGACGUGGGACGUCACCCGUAAAGCCACGUACGCGAUUUCCGGCGAUCACGCCGCUUCUGUACACGUUCAAGAGAUGUGCAAGGGUGGUAUUUGCUGGCACGGAGUCGCCGUUCGUUCGCCUGCUUCUCAGGUCCGCUUCAGGAUCCCUCAACGAAUUCCAUACCGUUUGUAAAAUCCAAUUUAAAAGA